GGCAAGCCAGCCAGCCAAGCCAGCGAGCAAGCGGUGGUUCUUUCUCAAGGCAGGACCUCGUCGGAGGAAGCCAGAGAAAGCAGCGCAAGAAUGCCCUAAGGGCAGGGGGCUGGUUGGUGCCGCGCUGCCGUAGUCGGUGAAGCCGAAGCGCCAAGUGCCUCUCUGGAAGCUGCCCAUCGUCCGCCGCCGCGCGUCCCGACCGAGCUUGUCAAUGGAGCUGGAGAAUAUAGUGGCCAACACGGUUUUGCUCAAAGCCAGAGAAGGAGGUGGAGGAAAGCGCAAAGGUAAAAGCAAAAAAUGGAAGGAAAUCCUGAAGUUUCCUCAUAUUAGCCAGUGUGAAGAUCUUCGAAGAACAAUAGAGAGAGAUUAUUACAGUUUAUGUGACAAGCAACCAAUAGGAAGAUUUCUCUUUCGGCAGUUCUGCGAGACUCGCCUGGAGCUGGAAUGCUGUAUUAAGUUUCUUGAUUCGGUGGUAGAAUAUGAAGUACUUCCAGAUGACAAAUUGGGAGAGAAAGGCAAAGAAAUUGUGAUGAAAUAUCUCAUCCCAGGGUCUCCAGUUUAUGUAGCAGAAGCCAGUCAAGAUCUUGUACAGCAGAUAAAGGAAAAACUUGAAAACAGCCCAUGUAAAGAGCUGUUCUCACCCUGUGUAAAGUCGGUUCAUGAGUACCUAAGUGGAGAACCUUUUCAAGAAUACUCAGAAAGCAUGUAUUUUGAUAGAUUUCUCCAAUGGAAAUGGCUAGAAAGACAACCAGUAACAAAAAACACAUUUAGGCAAUACAGGGUAUUAGGAAAAGGUGGCUUUGGAGAGGUAUGCGCCUGCCAAGUACGAGCAACUGGGAAAAUGUAUGCAUGCAAAAGAUUAGAGAAAAAAAGAAUAAAGAAGAGGAAAGGUGAAUCCAUGGCCCUAAAUGAAAAGCAGAUUCUAGAAAAAGUCAAUAGUCAGUUUGUAGUCAAUCUAGCCUAUGCCUAUGAAACAAAGGACGCACUCUGCCUAGUUCUAACCAUCAUGAAUGGGGGAGACUUGAAAUUCCAUAUCUACAAUAUGGGAAACCCGGGCUUUGAAGAAGAAAGAGCUUUGUUUUAUGCUGCAGAGAUUCUUUGUGGCUUAGAAGACCUGCACAGGGAAAACACUGUGUACAGGGAUUUGAAGCCAGAAAAUAUCCUGUUAGAUGAUUAUGGCCACAUCAGAAUAUCUGAUUUGGGACUAGCUGUUAAAAUUCCUGAGGGUGACUCCAUCCGUGGACGAGUAGGAACAGUUGGUUAUAUGGCUCCAGAAGUCUUGAAUAACCAGCGAUAUACCCUUAGCCCUGAUUACUGGGGAUUAGGCUGCUUAAUCUAUGAAAUGAUUGCAGGACAGUCACCCUUUCGAGGAAGGAAAGAGAAGGUGAAGCGGGAAGAAGUAGACAGGAGAGUCUUGGAGAUGGAAGAGGUGUAUUCCCAUAAAUUCUCUGAAGAGGCAAAGUCUAUCUGCAAAAUGCUACUGAACAAAGAUGUGAAACAGAGGCUGGGAUGUCAGGACGGUGCAACUGAAGUAAAGAGCCACCCAUUUUUCAAGAGCAUGGAUUUCAAACGUCUCCAAGCAGGAAUGCUGGAGCCCCCUUUCGUCCCUGAUCCAAGAGCAGUGUACUGCAAAGAUGUGUUGGACAUUGAGCAGUUUUCCACUGUCAAGGGAGUGAACCUGGACCAAACAGAUGAUGAUUUCUAUUCCAAGUUUUCUACAGGCUCUGUAUCUAUCCCAUGGCAAAAUGAGAUGAUGGAAACAGAAUGUUUUAAAGAACUAAACUUAUUUGGACCAAAUGGUACUAUCUCACCAGACCUUAACAAAAACUAUCCUCCAGAACCACCGAAGAAAGGAUUGCUGCAUCGAAUAUUUAAACGUCAGCAUCAGAACAAUUCCAAAAGCGCUCCAAACUCAAAGGCCAAUUUAAAUCAUCACAUAAAUUCCAAUCACGUCAGUUCAAACUCUACUGGGAGCAGUUAGCUUUUUCUGGCUUAUGGAUAUUGCAUCCUUCCACUGAUAGAGUAUCAAGUAUCAAGGAUGAGAAGAGCACCCACCAUCGAGCUAGAAGAUCAACAAUUUCUAACCAUGGAAGGUUUUUUUUCCUCCUGUCUGUUCCUUCUAGGGAAGCUUUCCAUUUUAUGAAGAUAUUUACUCUCAGGUCUGUUUUUGGGGGUGGAACUUGAGGUCUUAUGACUCAACAUUGUACGAUACCACAAUAGAAAUUGGAAGCUGACAACUUGCACGUAUUUAAAAUUGCAUCCUAACUAGAACUGAACUUUGUCCUUAUUAUUUUUAAACAAACAGUUUUGUAAAUUUCUCUAUUGUCUCAGUUUACAUUUUGUACAUUUGUAUUUAAAUGAAAGUCAAACUUGGGGUUGUAUAUUUUCUGAGCAGCAGCUUGUACAGCCAUGUGUUUUAAGACUUUUUAGUGUUUUUUUUUAAAGAAAAAGUGAUCAAUACUUCCAGUCUCAAAAUGAGAGGGAUUGUUUUUUGUUUUGUAAAUAUAGAAAAUUGUAUAUAUGUUCCUUUUUCCUAUUGCUUCAGUUGAUACUUUUUUUAUAACUAACUUCACUUUUUUGUUUUUUUGGUUUUUUUUUGUUUUUUUGGUUAACGGCAACACUGCAGACUAGUGUCUUCCCUCACCUCUGUUUUGUUAAAAGCCUUGUAUCUAAUCAACUUAAACCUACAAAGUUUGCUCUUUCUAGAGAGGCCAAAAGGCUAUGUGUGAAGUUCAGAACAUCAUGGGACCAUUGUUGCUAUUUGCACUUUUUUGUAGCUCUUAUAUUCGCUGAAAAAUCAAAUCCUGUUAAAAAUGUCACAUCGUUUUUUUCUUCCCUGGGCUGAAAUUCUAUAACUAUUGUUAGAAAAAAGCAAAAAGUGAGUACAUGUGAAGUCGACCUUGCCAGCUCCCUUCAAGAAGACAAUAAGAUUGUUCUUCAUUACGUUAUCUCUUGGUUUCAUUUUUAAGUGGGCUUGCACAGUUCAUGGAGAAAUAGCUCUUGAAUGCACACUGGAUUUGCAGAAAUGCCCAUUUGAUUCCUGAGUCAACAUCUGUUUGUUAGUGUAUUCGCUGCAUCCCAGAACAAGAGUGUAAUUGGUGCAAUUGGUGUAGUCUGUAUGCCAGCUGGUGCUUCCCAAUACUCCUGCUCUCAUGGAUGUAGCUUCUUGAGCUCUAGCUUCCAUUUACGAUAUGGCCACAGGAAUAUCAGGAAGCUGAGCUCUUAAUGGGAGCUUCUGUAUGUAAUUUUUUUUUUAUCUGUCCACUUUCCUUUUGCGAUACUAGGAAUGUGAAAAAAGAUGUAAUAGUUAGAGGUUCUUCAAACAUCUUGGCCACUUUCUGGUUCUAAGGUAUGACUAAAUUGCAUGGAUUAUCUUUCCCUGAUUGGGGGAGUCGAACUUUGAACAUUUAUUUAUGAAGAAGGAAGAGACAAUUUCUUGUUUGGACUUAAUUCAUAAAUAAUCUCUUUUUUAAAUAAUAGUUUGCAGUGUAAUAGAAAGAAGUGUCAAUUUUACCUUUAAUCUCAUGAAUUUAAGGAAAAUUUAAGAGCUUUAAACUGCAGAAAUGGAGGUUACAUAAAUGCCAAUAAAAAAGUUCACCAUCUACAUCCAGAAUACUACAACCAGUACCGUGUUUCUCUGAAAAUAAGACCCUGUCUUAUAUUUUUUUGAAUCCUGAAAUAAGUGCUUGGCCUUAUUGCCAUGCGCUCAAAAGCCCAUAUCAGGGAUGUCUUAUUUUAGGGGAAACAGGGUAGUAUCCUACACCAAUUUUAAAAGGUGGAAUUUCAGAUGGUUUAAUGUCUCUUCUUUCUUAGUAAAGGAGGAUAGAAUUUCAAAUGCUCAGUAAUUUUGAAUAUUUCGAAUACUCAAUAAUUUUGAAAGAGAUUUAUCUCAUGCGAUAUUUGAAUCCAUUUGAAAUGUCUACAUCUCUUUUUAAAUCAGGGAGACAUGAUCCUUCCCCAGUAAAUAGGCUAUGUUUAAAUAAAUAUUUAUGAAAUGUAAUUGUGGAUUGUAAUAUGCUUCCUUUCUGCAGAUGAUAGUAUUUCAAAGAUGGGAGCCUGUUUCCAAGGUUUUGGUCUCUUAACAUAUUUUUACAGGAUAAACUUAGACUUUUCAAAAAAAUGUGUGUUUGAUAUGAAACAUGUUGGGUUCUUCCUCUGAGGUAUUUCAACAUGUAGCACACCCUUCUAUAUCUAUAUAAAAUAUUUCCUAUCAAUGACAACCAAGAUAAUGUCAAUAAAAAGAAAGGCUUGAGCUUUAGACUAAAAAGCCACUUGCAUUUGUAUCCUGAUUAAAAACAUUUGAUUUUUCUGCCAUAAUCAUUCUUGUGCUCAACCGUAAUCAAUAAUCUAAACCAGGGGACCCCAACCCAUGGGCCGUGGACCGCCACUGGUCCACGGAUCACCAGGAACCACACCAUGCAAGCAAGUGAAGCUCCAUCCGCUCGUGUGAGAUCCAGGCAGCACGAAAAACCACACACACCCAGUCGAUGGAAAAAAUGCCCCCCCCACCAAACCAGCUCUGAGGGCCUCUAAACUAUAAACUUCAUUUAAAUCAGAUGAAAAGAGAGAAAGAUCAGGUAUCUAUUGGGACCCAAAUCUAGGGCAUAAAUGUUUCAUUUUCACGCCACCAGUUCAUAGAAAUCCAGCUAUUCUGUAACUCUGGAUUUCCAGCUUUUGAAAGUGUACAUAAAUGUGUGCUUCUCUUUGUAUUUACACAUGCAUGCAUGAAUUUUCUGGCAUAUCAUGCAUUCGGAAUAAAAAAAAUAAUGGCUUAGUACAAUGCCAUACUUACCUUUUGCAUGUGUAACGUUCUGAGUAAUUCUUAGUGGAAUAGCAGCCCCAGAUUUCUCUGUUAGGCUGAUACACAAAUAUUAUUAACGGAUGCAAGGGAUGGAUGUCAGUUAAAAAUAUGGUCUGCAUUAGUCUGAAAUGAAGAUCUAGGCAAUCUACCUACAAAAGAAAACACUUGUUUUAGAAUUGUGGGUUCUAUACAGUAAGAGAUAAAACUUUUCUCCCUACGUUCUUGAGAGCAGCUCAUCUUCCUUCUAUACAAAUGGAAGCAAUUUUAAUUUUGGGUGAUCCAUGAAAAAGAAACACAGUGAGUCCUCUCAGUAAGGAAUAUUUACGGUGUCAUCCACUGAAGGCAGGUAUUUCAUCCAUUGACGCUGGUAUUUCUGCCCUUUCACCUGCUUCUGUCAAAAUGCAUAUCACAUCAUAGCCUUUUUCCUCCUACAGCUUCACUUUCCUUCUGCGUUUCCUUUUCAUUAUGAUAAUGGUCUCCUCCUUCCCUAGGCCAAUUUAAUUGGAAUGGAGUUCCAGAUAGUAAUAGGCAAAAGCUCAACACAAUUCUGUCAGUCUCAGCAAAGAAGAGCAAAAUUAAAUUAAGUGAUGGAAAGAAGAUUGAACUUGAGGUAGGGGGGGCUUUUUUAAAAAGACAUCCAGAAACUGUGAAUUUUCUUUCAGUGUUUUUCUUCAUUAUUGCAACUUAACAAUAAUAACAGUUACAUUACAGCAAUAAAGCACAACUUAGCUUGUAUAGGGGAGAUACACACACACACAUAUAUAUACACAUACACAUAUACAUAUAUUCAAAAUAGCUUGUGGGGUGCUAUAAGACCCUCAAACUGGAACUCGUAAACAUUUUUUUCUCAUUACAAAUGUUCAUGCAUCUAUAUGGAAUUCUCACCUAAUUUAUAAAAAUCAUGGAACAUAAGCUACUUUUUGAGUUACUUAUUUGUCUAUGAAUGAAGUAAAUUAUUCUGCAAUUAUUUAUUUUAUACCCCCUUGGUAGUCAAGAUAUAGAGAGUAACGAAAAUAUGAAAUUCUGUGAGGCCAAGCUGUCAUUUGGGCAAUGGCUAUUUUAGGCAGUGUUUCUUUUUAUUAUCUGACUGGGGAAACCUCAAUAAUUUUUCUUUAAUAUUAUCUAACAAUCUAGAUUUUCAUUUCACAACUCUUGUAAGGGUGCAAUAGUACCCUUUCUAUUGUAACCAAGAGUAUAAGCAAUAGGAAGUCAAACAUCAUUAAUAGUAAGAUCAAUAAGUACACAAAGAAAGGAAUAGAAAAUUUAUCCUUGUCUUUAUUUAUUCUGAUUCUAUAAGCCCUCAUCCAGAAAUACUGAUAGGUGCACCAUUCUGAAUUAUUUAUCCUAGCCCUUUCUAUGUACAAUUGAUGCUUGGAUUGGUCACUGUGUAGGAAAAUUAAUCUAUUUGAAGGGAAUGAAUUCUACUUUUUUUAAAACCAGAAAAUGUGUUUGAUAGUUGAGCUCCAUCUACCUAUUUACUACUAGCUGCUACUUGGCUUUUUUAAACUAGAUAUGCUGGGGGUGAACUUGAGAUCUUCUUAAUGCAGCCCAUUUGCUCUUCUUCCCAAUUCAACAGGAUUAUGAGUAGUUCUCCCUCCUCAUUGGGACAUUGAUGAAGCACAAUAUAUUCAAAGAAUGUCAUACAUUCUACAAUCAAAAAAAGUCCCAGAUUCUUUAUUUUUUACCAAAUAGGGGUAUGUUGGAAGAGCAAUAUUUUUACAUUCUUGGGUGCUUGGUAUGGAGUUCUCCUCCUCCUCUUCUUCCUCUUUUGCACAUACAAACCAGACUCGGCUUACAACCUGAUUUCACAUGCAGCUUGACUUUGUCAGACUGGAACACCUUAUAAAAAUGUCAAAACUACAUCAUUCAGAUGUAUCUAAAACAGGGUGAUGCUCCAUGUCUGAACAUUGCAACAAUUAUUCUUCAUGUUUGUGACACAGGUGCCAUAUGCUGAGGACCAAAACAAAGCUUAUUUAUUAGAGAUUUUUAUUUCUGUUUGUGCCAUAACUUGCAAUGCUAAGGGGAUUAGUUAUUGAUUAUUAUUUUUUUAACUCUAAACAAAAAGAGGCAGUGGAUAUUAGUUGAGAGUUGCAUUUCUGAACAUGUUCACAAAUUCAGUUAUAGACUACCAUAGCAGACUCUUGAUUAAAAUAGUGAGAUAUGUAUUAAUAAUAUACUUAACACUAAACUUUUUAAAAAAUUACAUUUGCACACUACUUCAUGGGUUAUAUUAAAAAAGAUUCAGAAGUAAAUAUUUUAAAGCACUUGUCAUAUUGUAGUCUGCUAAAUAAAUAAAAUAAACUGCUUCUCAUUAACAUUUUUUCAUAACUUAACAAAUUAUACAUUUAUAAUAAGUGGAAACAAAUGUUCUCAAAUAGAAAAAAUAGUGGCUGUUGAUAUUGUAAAAUAAUCAUGAUAAUAAUUCUAGAAUCCAAAGGGUUUUGUUUAUUUGGUUUUAAUAUUCAGGGAGGUGUUUUGGUUUUUUUAUUGUUGAAUGAAAACCAUUUUUAUUUUGAGGUUGUUACCGACAUCUACGGCUUCUGUGUUUUCUGACUGCUUGAAUUCUUGUACAUGUCUGAUAAUAUUGCAGUGCUGCUGUAUCUAGAUCAAACCACUGUUUUGUUUUGGGAUUUUUUUAGGAAAAAGAAAUAAAUUCCUUUAUUUAA